AUGGCCAUCACUGAGUGGAACGGCCUCUGCCGACAAUCACUCAUUCUGCGGACUACCCCAAAUGACUUCGUCAAAAUAGUCCAGGGCAAACAGCCGCUCGACGGCAAGACAGUGCUCAAGUCCCUUCUCGAGUGCAGACAGUCACUCUAUCCGCCCUCCGAUCCUCUGCCUCCGCGCUAUCUCGAAGCCAUCGUAACCUCCCACAUCGCCUCUUUGUCCGACCUGCUGGUAGUACUCAUCAGUCGAUGGAAUACACUCUGCCGUACAGACCCCCCGCAUGCACCCAGCUAUGCAGACACUGCGACAUUGCAAGAGCUCGCAGUUUUGAUCAUCUCAUCUAGGCUUGUUCUUGACCAUACCCAAAUUCAGAAGUGUUUACUACUUGCAGCAAGAUGGCUUUCAGCCCUAGUCAAAGCGGUAGGCCAGGACAAUAAUUCGCCAGCAAGUAACUUUGUGGAGCCACUUGGAUCCUUUUUGGCAACCCUCUGUGCCACCAACAGUGGGAUCGAGAUAUUGUCGGAGAAAGAGGACGACAAAAUAAGUCGGGUCGCAGAUGCUGUCCGACAAGGCGUUGAAGCGACGUUGGGUUUAUUCCCGUCAGUAUCUGGCCAGCUUAUGGAACGACUGGGGGAGGUCCAGAAGCAUAUUGCAAUGUUCGGAGACGGGGCGUCUUCCGACAUGCAAGCGCUGCAGUUCCAAGCAGGCGUUUCAGAACUUCAAAUGGCGGCAUCGAGAGCUGGUACUGUAGCCCUACUUCAGAGUUUGCUAUACACAGCUCGCACGGUCGACGACACUGUUGUCUUCAAUUUUCUCGCUGGUCGACAUGAUAAUGAUUUCGCAUCAAUGUUCCUCGAUCUGGUCUUUGCCUCCUUUCUGGUCCUGAAGCAAAGUAAGAACCACGGUCUCCAGCAGUCUGAUCAUUAUAUCCGAAACAAAUUACCUGCCAUUCUAUCCCAGAUUUCCACGUCAUCCUUCGAAAGCUUUUCUGCUGAGCAAGCAUUGAUAGAUGCUUGGCCUCAGCUUGAGCUGGGCACCGAUCUCCUCGCAUGUGGGCAGAAGUUCGUGCAUGUCUGCUCGCUUCAUCAUCUCUUGACGGACGAAGCUUCCUCAAAUCUAAUAAACGACGAGGACUUGGUCGGAUCGCUCACCAAGUCUCUCCUUCUGAAAGAUGAGCUCGUCUCCCAGCUGACAGGUAGCCCUUCACGGGCGGGGAAGCUCGUUGACGAGAUGAUGAAUGCCGAUGGCAAUGGCCCCAGCAUCAGUCAGGCGCUGGUCGAGGUGAUGGUGGCCUAUGCACAUAGCAAGGAGACCCACCAUCUAAAGGACCUGGCCAAUAUUCUUCUGCGAAAGCCAGACGCUAUCAACACGAUGGCACUUUACUUGCGACCCUCUUACUGGAUAGCGCCGCUGUGCACGUUACUAGAUGAAUGGCGGUGGGACGAAAUCCACGGUGAAUCUCAACCUCUUUACGACGAGUUCGGGAGCAUUCUGCUGCUCAUUCUGACUACAAAGCGUCGUCUGGACCUCACAAGUUCCGAGCUCGGUGUUAAGGGCUUCGUCGCUCGCUAUCUUGACCAGGAGGGCGUGGAGAAAACAGUCGCGGAGCUGUCAGAACCUUCACAGAGACACCUGGGUGACUGGAUCAAUGCGUUGUACAUUGCUGAAGGUCUGAGCGACGACUUAACUACAGAUUGCAGUCCCCAUGACUUUUACACUCUUGUGCCCACAUUAAUCAGGCAGAGCGUCUUGGCUCAGCAGACCGGCAAGCUAAGCUCAGAGGCGCUCAAAGGUGGACUAGAGUAUCUGCUUGAGCCAUUCCUAUUGCCAUCAUUGGUAUCUGCUAUGACAUGGGCGCAAGAGCAUGUCUCAAUUGGCAAAGCACUUAUGCCCAUCUUCACGAAACAAACAGGCAAUGAGAUCCAUCAGACCAUCCUAGCCAUGCUCCAGUCGCCCAGCAAUUUCACCUUCGAGAAGCUUGAAAAGACAGACCUGCAAGCUCUCCAGCAGAAAAUCUCCGCAGCUGUCACCAAUCCAGCAACGACCGUCUCGCUUCGCUACGCUCUGCAAGUGUUCGGUGCUGAGGCUGUUCUGAAGUGCAUUCUGGACGUCCUGCUUCAGUAUUCUGGCACCGAAGAUUUUCAUUUUGCUCUAGACCUGGCUGCGACCUUGGUUUGUGUGGCGGACCUCCGUGAUGCCGUACGGCUAAAGCAUGCUGAGCUUGGCCAACUUCUGAAGAAGCGUGACACGCUCACCGCUGAGGCUACUGUUCACUUAUAUCGCCGAGUUGAAGCAUAUUCAAGCGUAUUUGUGGUGCAAGAAACGAAUAUGGACAUCAUCUCACUGCCACAUAUCGAUCCAUCGGAUGCCAAUCAGGAAGGGAAUCAAAAUCAGGAACAGCAGAUGGACGACAUUGAUCAAGUACUCAACGAGUCAGCAGCAAUGAACGCCAUGGAUAGCGGUCUUGAGGGUGCCAUGGAUGAUGGAAUGGGUCAAGGCGAUAACAUGGAUUCCUUCUAUCUACAAGACGAUAAUAUGGGCCUUGGAAACUUGGACGACCUUGACUUGGACAUGUUUUGA